GACCAGUAUGGUGGUGUUGAGAUCACAGGAGAGGGGAUGAUACAGCACUAUGUUGAAUCUUCACGAAUGAUGGAAUGGAUCUAAGUGGUUGACAACUGUCCGGCAAGAAAAGAAUAUUCGAAGAGGAUCUUAAUGCCGAUGUUGGAUUUUUUUUUAUUUCGAUCGAAACCUGGAGAUUAGUGUUCCAAAUAUGCGGCUCUAACGUCUGCCAGGUCCAGGGGUGGGAGUGAUGUCGUAUGACUCCAAUGUUUAUGUUGAAUUUAUUGCCAGUCUGCCAUUAGUAGCGACUAAGGUUUAUUAUUUAGGUAGAUGUUCUUAGGAUUAUAGUUUUAGCAGAUAUGAUAUCUUUAGAUGCAGUGAAUAGUGUUUGACGUGCAUACGCACAUUCUGCGUUUAUUACUCAGCUCUUUAGCCCAGCUAGUUGGCUAGCCUGGCUAGACUCAUAGCUGGGCCGCUAGCUUUCACAACAUUAGCAUUUUGGCAUUGUGUUUUUUUCUUCGGCGUGAUUGCAUUGCAUGGAACUGAUCUGGGAAUUAUUCAGACACAAAAACUUGGCCCGCGACAGGGCAACCUGGCCCCUGUGUGUUUGUGUGCCGGGUGUAGCUAGCUACUCGCUGUGAACUUGCUGCUAGCAAACAGCUAGCUCACUGGCUGGUUGGUGGACUGGACUGGACACACUUAGCUAUCUAUCGGCGCAGACGAGACAGACCAAUUUCUCGAAUGUCCUAUUUCAGUUAGCUGAGCUAGACGGGCAAAAACUUGCAUCGCUAUCGCCUGAACUGAACCGAAACGUUCACAAAACCGCGAAAGCGAGUCCGUCAAGCGUCAGCUUUGUGGACGAAAUGCAUCACGCAGACUCCCGUGAGCAGUCUGGGCCAGGGGACUCGUCUCCGGGGCUGAGGAAGAUGGCGCACUCCUCUGUGUUUGCCAGUCGGAGGGGCAGUGGCAGCAACCCUGGCAGCGGCGGCGGUGGCAACCUUGCCAACUCUACCAACAUGAACGCCAACGUUAUCCAAACCGAUGACAACAACCAACAGCAGCACCAGGCGUCUCUGCUAAAUCAGCAGGCUCAGCAGCAGCAUGGCGGCGGUGGUUCUGGCUCUUCUGGGCCCGGGUCACACCACCCGCCACCGCCACACAGCCUGAACGUGCAGGCCCAGUCGCUGCAGCAGCAGCAGCAACAGCAACAGAGCGCUGGGGGCUCACAGCAGGUGAAGAAGAAGAGUGGUUUCCAGAUCACCAGCGUGCUGCCCGCCCAGGUGUCGUCCGUGAGCGCCAACAACAGCAUCGCCGACGACACCGAGAGCUACGACGACAUGGACGAGUCCCACACCGAGGACCUGUCCUCCUCGGAUAUGCUGGACGUGUCCGUCUCGCGCGCCUCCGACCAGCACGGCGGCGUUCCGGAGAGGAGCUCCUCGGAGGAGACCCUGAACAGCCUGGGCCACGGGGGAGGAGAGACGCCCGGGGUGGUGUCCCCUAACGAGCCGGGCCUCCACCACUCGCUGCCCGCUGGGGUUGGGGGACAGCAGCCUGGAGGGGGAUACCUGGUCAACGGGUCAGUGGGGCAUCACCCAGGACAACACCAACACCCAGGACACCAUCAUAGUCAUCAACAGCAGCAGCAGCAGCAGCACCCUGGAGGAGGCCAUCCCCAGCAGCAGCAGCAGCAGCAGUCUCACCCCUCUGCCGUGCCCCCCGGGGGGGUCCAGGGAGGCGGUGGGGGCGUAGGGGUCCAGAACAUCGGAGGGAUGGCAGCGGGGGUGCAGGCAGCCGCCCCUGUCCCCGUACACCCCUCCUCCGGACUGGGCAGUGGACAGAUCGUGAGGCCUAUCCCAGUGCGGCCAGUGCCUUUGGACGGAGCUAUGGCGGGGGCCGGGGGUAUGGUGGUGGGGCAGCCUGCAGCCCCCUCCGGUAACAGGGUCCCGGUCAGCAUCGGCCAGAGCGGUGGGGCUUUAGGGGUGGUGGGGGCAGGAGGACCAGGAGGGGUGAUGAUGCCCCCCCAGCCUGGAGUAGGACUAGCGCUAGCUCCUAGCAUCCCUCCCUCCACCACCACCACCAUGCCUCAGCCCCUGGCUGGAGCUGGGGCUAUGGCUGCUGCUAACCCCCCCUCCUCCUCGCUCCCUCAGUCCCAGCCCCCACCCCCGGUAGCCGUCGCUGCCACCACCUCCACGGCCUCACGCUUCAGAGUGGUCAAGCUGGACUCUAACUCGGAGCCCUAUCGGAAGGGUCGCUGGACGUGUACGGAGUUCUACGAGAAGGAGCCUCCUCCCUCCUCCUCCUCCUCCUCCUCCGUCGCCUCCUCCUCUGUCGCCCCCGCUCCCGCCACCAACACCACCUCCACCAACACCCCCUCGGAGCCCGCCUCCGUCUCCAUGACGACCGCUGCUGCUGCUACUGGGGGUGGGGGAGGGAUGGUAACCCCCGGCGGCGGCGGCGGCCCCCCAGAGAGCGACAGUGCCACCAGCGGCAGUUCGUCGGUGGGCAGCACGCUCGGCGAGAGCGGCGUUGGCACUGGCGUUGGCAUGGGGACUGGCAUGGGCAUGGGCAUGGUGCAACAGCCGCCACCGCAACAGCAGGUGUACGGCACCUUACCCCCCCACCAAUACGCCCAGGACGCGGCCAUGAUGCCCCCUAUGGGGCACCCAGCGGGCACCACCACCACCAUGCCCCCCGGAGCCUCCAUGCAGCAACUACAACUGCAACAACAACAACAACAACAACAACAGGCUAUGGGCUACCAUGUGGAGCCCCAGCAGCAAGGCCAAGGGGGGGGGCAGAUGGGAUACCAGCCCGUACCCCAACAGCAGCAGCAGCAGCAGGUGGUGCCUAACGCAGCAGCAGCGGGCAUGGCCCCCCCACCACUAGACUACGCCCAGCAGCAGCAGCAGCAGCAGCAGCAGCAGGGUAUGGCGCCCCCUGCAGGAGGAGUGAUGCCCAUGCAGCAGCAGCAGGUGCAGGUCCCACGACCCGUCGCCCCCCAGACCCAAACCCAACAACCGCAAGGGGCCCUCACAACAGGACAGCAGAUGCAGCAGCAGCAGCCGCAUCCGGCCCAGAUGCAUGCCGAAUCCCAGCCGCAUGCCCCUCCAGGAGGAGGAGUAGGAGCCUUGUCCAGCCAGAUGGGAGUGCCCUCUGCUGCGGCGGCCGCGGCUGCUGCCAUGGGGCUAGGGCACCCCGGACAUGCUGCGGCAGCUCUGCUGGCUGGCGGGAUGGGCCUGUCUCUGGCCUCCCAUCACCAGGGGCACGGAGGAGUAGGGGGGCUGGGGGGGUACGUGGGGGGCGUGGCCAGCUCCCUGACCGCCUCCCAGCUGGAGGAUGCUCAGAGGCUGCUGUUCCAACAGUCGCUCGUCUCCUCCAUCCCACGCCUGGCCAACGCCGUCGCCGCCGAGGCAGCAGGAGGUGCAGGAGGAGGUGGAGUGGACGCAGCCAGCCUCAACACUGGAGGAGGAGCAGACGAUGACAGCUCUUCGGGUGCCAGUGUGGUUGCUAUUGAUAACAAGAUCGAGCAAGCCAUGGACCUGGUAAAGAGCCACCUGAUGUACGCGGUGCGUGAGGAGGUGGAGGUGCUGAAGGAGCAGAUCAAGGAGCUGAUCGACAGGAACUCCCAGCUGGAGCAGGAGAACAACCUGCUGAAGAACCUGGCCAGCCCCGAGCAGAUGGCCAUGUUCCAGCAGCAGGUACCGGUAAAUAAACUAUUACUACUAUUACUACACUACACUACACUACACUACAACCUGCUGAAGAACCUGGCCAGCCCCGAGCAGAUGGCCAUGUUCCAGCAGCAGGUACCGGUGCAGAGCGGCUCCCCCACCUCCGUUCCCCAGCCGGGCUCCCUCUCGCUGGGCACCACGCAGACCACAGGGGGGGUCCCGGCCCAGAGCCUGCCGCCCCCCAACAACCCCAGCACCGGCCCCACCGCAUAACUCCCCACACCCCCAACCCCCUGAAGAACAGGAGAGGGGGAACAAGAGAAGAGAAGAGAAGAG